GUGGUCAAAUGUUUUGUAAUUUUGUUAUGACCGAGAAAUCUAGCUUUAUUUCGUUGGUUUUAGAUAUAUAUUUAUUUCAUUCAUGUAGUUUUAUUAGGCAAUCAUUCCGACAUUUAUAACUUGUGAAUAGUCAUGGCACCCUCGUGUGUGAACACUUGCUGUUCAGCAGUGAAAUGGUCACCUGUCAUUUUUAUCUCGGCGAUUGUUGUGUGGUCUUAUUAUGCCUAUGUUGUACAAAUGUGUAUUUUUGCUGUAGAUAGUAUUCCUGAAAAAGUAAUUUAUUUAAUAUUAUAUCAUCCAAUAUUGAUAAUGUUUAUAUGGUCAUAUUGGCAGACAGUUUUUACACCAUUUGGUAGAGUACCAAAAUCAUUUUAUUUAAGUCCAGAAGAGGCUGAUCAACUAGAACGAGAAACUAGUGAAACCAGACAACGUGAAUUGUUAACUAAUUAUGCUAAAACAUUACCUGUAUUAAACAGAACACUAUCUGGUGCUCCAAGAUAUUGUGAAAAAUGUCAUUGUAUUAAACCAGAUAGAUGUCACCACUGCUCAGUUUGUUCAGCAUGUGUUCAAAAAAUGGAUCACCAUUGUCCAUGGGUGAAUAAUUGUGUUGGUUUUACAAAUUACAAGUUUUUUGUACAGUUUUUAGGCUAUGGUUUAUUAUAUUGUAUGUAUAUAGCAGCUACAUCUUUACAAUAUUUCAUUUUAUUUUGGACAGUAAAUGGAAUGGGAAGAUUUCAUAUAUUAUUUCUAUUUUUUGUGGCUAUAAUGUUUGGUAUAAGUCUUAUAUCUUUAUUUGGUUAUCAUAUAUUUCUAACAUUACAAAACAGAUCAACUUUAGAGGCAUUUAGAGCACCAAUAUUCCAAUCUGGAGCUGAUAAAGAUGGUUUUAGUCUAGGAACAAAAGGUAAUUUUAAGGAAGUUUUUGGUGAAGAUCCAGUAAAGUGGUUUAUACCAGUAUUUUCAAGUAUUGGAGAUGGUGUAAACUUCCCUACACGUAAUGUGGAUAUAGAUUCUGAUAAUCUAUUAGGUGAUAGACAGAGAUGGAUGGAAGAAGGCAAUGAAUCAGGUAUGUGA